UGGAUACUGUUCUUCUAUAAAAGACAUGUCGAGAUUUGAACAUUAUCAGAACGUGAACAGUUGUUAACCGACUCAGAUCACAAUGAAAUUCACAAUUAUCUUUUUGAUAAGUGCCAUGUCCAUAGCUAUCGCUAUGGGCAACGCAGCCAAACCACCACUUGAAUUCGGUCUCGGUACCACGCAUCCAGCAAAUGUUUGGGUCGAAUGCCAAAUAUUCGACAUAUCAGGCGGUGGAGAUGGGGACGAGGAUGACAGGGUUGAAUCGAUCCAGGUUUAUUCCAAAGAAGACAAUCUUAUUCCAACUGAAGAUAUAAUGCUCGGUCAUCGACCAAACAAACAUCCAGGUGGACAACCAGCAAAAUUUCAAAAAGGUGAUGAAAUUUAUUGCAACAUGGACGUUUCAGUUCCCGGAAAUUUUUUGGAAUUCACUGACAGAGUUUGGCGUUAUCCAAAAUUCGAACCAGUCAAAACUGAGCACGCCCAUCUUCGACGCACCAACCCAUUGGAUAGAAAAAGAGGUUAAAUUUCAACGGCUAAGAAAACGACGAAAUAAUAUUGAACUUCAACGGCUAUUUCAGUAAUUUUGUUUAUAAAAUAGUUUUAGAUGUAGAAAAUUUGUGACAAUAUGUGUAUAAAGAGUGUCGAUCCAGAGAAAUGCAUAGAAGCAACGAAUGAUGUAAUCAGAGUUGAAUCGUUUCGGUGAUAAAAAUAGCUCUUAUUUUUCUCUAGAUAAUACUGCAACAUGAAGUUUUUUUUUUCACAUUCACAUAGUUUAUUUGUUGUACUUCAAAAUAAAACAAAUAAACUAUUCAAAAAAACUUUUAAGUUGCAGUAUUGUUUGGAGAAAAAUAAAAGCUUUUUUUCCGCUUCAACAGUUCAAUUGGAAAGUGCGCGCACUUUCAAUUUUGUUGCAUGCACCCGAUUUCAUAUAAAUUUUGAGAGUCGCACUUUAAAAAUGUAUGCUUAUACACCAGACAUUAUAUUGAGAUAUUUUCAGCCAGAUGAAUCAGCUCAGACAGAUAUCGUCAGGCACUGAAAUGGAGUGAAAACAAUAAAAGUGAUUGUUAUAAUGUAUGAAAGUUCAACAUCAGCCUGAUUCAUCUGGCUGAAAAUAUCUUAAUAUAAUGUCUGUUAUAAACCAUCAACAUUUAUAUGGACUCCAUAAUAUGGAGUCGAGUGCACGCAACUAAAUUGAAAGUGCGACCUCUUGUGAAGUGUAUUUGCCAACUCUGGACGCCACGAUAAUUUCGUGCACAACGAAUAUUAGUAAAUAAAGUCGAGAAUUUCGAUGCAAAAAUAAAAAAAAUCUAUUUUCA